CCCUCGCACCACGGGCGCCCGGCCGGCCUGCUGCCUCACCUCUCCGGGCUGGAGGCGGGGGCGGUGGGCGCCCGCAGGGACGCCUACCGCCGUUCCGACCUGCUGCUGCCCCACGCGCACGGCCUGGAUGCCGCGGGCCUGGCCGAGAACCUGGGGCUUCACGACAUGGCCCACUCGAUGGAGGAGGUGCAGAAUGUGGACAACCAGCACCUGCUGCUGCAAGAUCAGACGGUUAUUCGCAAAGGUCCUAUUUCCAUGACCAAGAACCCCCUGAGCCUCCCCUGUCAGAAGGAACUGGAGGGAGCCGUGAUGAAUCCCACCGAGGUCUUCUGCUCCGUCCCUGGAAGACUGUCUCUCCUCAGCUCCACGUCUAAGUAUAAAGUGACAGUGGCUGAAGUCCAGAGGCGAUUGUCCCCGCCUGAGUGCUUAAAUGCCUCAUUACUGGGAGGUGUUCUCAGGAGAGCCAAGUCGAAAAAUGGUGGUCGGUCCUUGCGAGAGAAGCUGGACAAGAUUGGGCUGAAUCUUCCUGCCGGGAGACGGAAAGCCGCUCACGUGACUCUCCUGACAUCCUUAGUAGAAGGUGAAGCCGUUCACUUGGCUCGAGACUUUGCUUAUGUCUGUGAAACCGAAUUUCCUAGUAAACCAGUGGCAGAAUAUUUAACCAGGCCUCAUCUCGGAGGACGAAAUGAGAUGGCAGCUAGGAAGAACAUGCUGCUGGCGGCUCAGCAAGUAUGUAAAGAAUUCACAGAACUUCUUACUCGAGAUCGGACACCCAACGGAAACAACAGACCCACGCCGGUCUUGGAGACAAACAUACAGAACUGCUUGUCUCAUUUCAGCCUGAUUACCCACGGGUUUGGCAGCCAGGCCAUCUGUGCCGCGGUGUCUGCAGUGCAGAACUAUAUCAAAGAGGCCCUGGCAGUCAUAGACAAAUCCUACAUGAACCCCGGAGACCAGAGUCCGGCUGAUUCUAACAAGACGCUGGAAAAGAUGGAAAAGCACAGGAAAUAAACGUGGGCCGGAACUCUAAGGGUCAGAGAGUCAGUGAGGAAGAGAACUGAAGAAUCCUUUUCCACCUGGCACCCCAGGAACCCGUCCUGGCCUGUGGAAAGCGUUUGGGACCUCCUUGCUGUUGAAAGGGCCUCCUUGAUUUCGCGAUCUGCAGCCAUCUUGACACGCUCUCUGGGAUUUCUGGUUUCUCUAGUGCUGAGGUAUCACCUAACUUGGAAAGUUUUCAGGAGGUGACAAGUCCUGGUUCUUCAUUCAUUAAACUUUGGUUUUAGUUUUU